AUGGAAAAUUGCUUUGAUUUUGAGAAAUGUAGGAAUUCGAGAAAGGUUUAUAUUCAUCCGGUAAUUGAGAAGUUUGAAACAUCGCCAAAGUCUGGGAUUUAUCGGAAUGUUUUGAGAUUUGUUGAGGAGAGGUGGGUGAUUUUUGGGAUUCUGAAAAUUUGAGUCUAGAAUUCAAAAUCCACCUGAAAAUUGUGAUAUUUUGAGUCCAAAUUUGGCCAGGUUUAGCCUUGAAAAUUUUCAGAAAAACAUUUGAAAUCUGAAAAUUUGAGUCUAAUCUCAAAAAUCUGCCUGAAAAUUCCAAUAUUUUGAGUCCAAAUUUGACCAGGUUUAGACUCUGAAUUUUCAGAAAUUUGUCUGAAAAUCUGGAAUUCAGAACAUUCCUGAAAAUGCUGAUAUUUUGAACCUAAAUUUGAUUAUUUUUCAAAAAUUCAAUAUUUUCCAAAAAAAUAAAUCCACAAAAAAUUCCAGAAAAAAAUACGUUUCAAAAUUUUCAUUUGAAUAUUAUUAUCAUAUUUUUAGCGCUAAAUCACAAAAAUUGCCGAAAUUUGAAUUUGAAGUUCUCAUAAGUUCAUCUGAAAUUCUGAAAAUUUUCAGUCUCGAAUUCAAAAUCUGCGUUGAAAUUCAGAUAUUUUGAAUCUAAAUUUGGUCAAGUUUUGAAAUUUUCUGAAAUAAGCUUAAGUUCUGAAAAUGUUCCUAAAACUUCAGAAACCAAAAAAAAAUUUUAAAAAAUUCUUAUGAACUUAUGUUAAAAAAUAUCCGAAAAUGAAAACUCCCUGCAAAAAAAUUCAGAAAAAAAUUAAGUUUUAAAAUUUCAACACCUCCAAUCUCAAUGUUUUUGCAGUGAUCUUUUCACCUCCGACCCAAAUUCCGCCUGUAUUUUCUUGCUUGGAAUCGACACGACAGAUCGAGAUAUCAAAAGUUCGAAUUAUGUCAAAAAUAUCGCCGAAUAUAUUGAAAGUUUGGAUCAAGUUGUUUGGAAUAAUGGAACAAAUCAUUUGAUAUUCAAUUUGUAUCAUGGAACAUUUCCUGAUUAUGAUGAUCAUAAUUUGGGAUUUGAUACGCAAAAUGCGAUUAUUGCGAGGGCUUCGAGUAGUGAACAGGUUAGGAAAGUGGGUUUUGGAAUUUUGGGCUUUGAAAAAUAAUCCACGUUUAAUUUUUUUUCUGGAAGUUUAACUUCGAUUUUCUAUUCCACGUUGCAAUUUUGAAUUUUCAAAUUUUCGCUCAAAUUGAGAUUUUUUGAAUCUGCAAAAUUUUUUACGCCAAGAAAAUUCCACGUGGCAAAUUUUUUUUUUUUUGAAAAAUCUGAAAUUUUAUACCUGAAAAUUCCACGUGGCAAAAAUUUCGAGAAAUUUUAAAAAUCUGAAAUUUCAGAGCUGAAAAUUCCACGUGGUCAAAAUUUCUCGAAAUUUUAAAAAUCUAAAAAAAAAUUUAUCUUCAAGAAAUCCACGUGUCAAAAAUUACUGAAUUUUUCUCCAAUUUUCCGAAUUUUCAAAAUUUUUGAGAUUUCGCCCCAAUUUUUUUCAUCAAAAUUUACUAGCUGAAAUUUUUUCCCCAAGAAAUCCACGUGGAAAAAAUUCGAAAUUCAAAAUUUUAAAUUUUUGCGCUUCAAAUUUAAGUGAAAGUUUCGGUGUCAAAAAAUCCACGUGGCAAAAAUUUCGAGAUUCAAAUUUUUAAAUUUUUGCGCUUCAAAUUUAAGUGAAAGUUUCGGUGUCAAAAAAUCCACGUGGCAAAAAUUUCGAGAUUCAAAUUUUUAAAUUUUUGCGCUUCAAAUUUAAGUGAAAGUUUCGGUGUCAAAAAAAUCCACGUGGCAAAAAUUUCGAAAUUUUAAAAAAUCUGAAAUUUUAGUGCCUAGAAAUCCACGUGUCAAAAAUUUUCGAAAUUUUCCCGCCAAUUUUUUUUUUGAAAAUAAAAAAAAGACUCUAGUUUCACAAAAAUUCUCCAAAUUUCGAAAAAUCUGGAGUUUUUAGAGCUCCAAAAAAUAUUUUUUCCAACAUUUUUCACAAAUUUCUGAAACACGUGAACGUUUGAUGACGUGGCAAAUAUUUCAUUUUUUUUUUCUUUUUUAUUUUUUCACAUCAAAAAUAUAGAAUUAUUCCUUGUUUUCUAGAAUUUCCUAACCGGUUUCGAUAUUUCACUUCCAUUAUUCCACGACAAUCAUCCAUAUCAAUUAACAUCUUCGAAUUCUCAAAAUCACGUGCAUUUUUCUCGAAAACCCUAUUUGAUCAGUUUCAAAGGAAAACGAUAUGUUUAUGGAAUUGGAUCGAUGACACGAAAUCUUGUGCAUCAUUUGCAUAAUGGAGAGGAUAUUAUUAUGGUGACAACUUGUAAACAUAAUAAUGAUUGGCAGGUAAUUUUUAUACUUACUUGGCUUUGCUUUUUUUGCCACGCUGAGCCAAGAAAAAUGAGCCCAAACUCGAGAAUUUUGUGAAAAUUGAGAGCUUUUAGCUCAUUUUUGGGCUCUUUCCCGGGAAAUGAGCUAAAAGCUCUCAAAAACCGGAGAAUUUUCUGAAAAUCACAGCUAUUACUCAUGUUAGAGAAGAUUUUUAUGAAAAAUUUAAUUUUUGAGCCUUUAUCCUGAGCAACACACAGUCUUUCCUAGAAAAAAUCGAUUUUUUGAGCCAGAAAAUUGUGCUGAUAGAAUCUUCUCUAACAUGAAUUUUGGGCUCUCAAAAACCCCGAAUUUUUAAGAAAAUGCUAGAGUUUUGGCUCAGUUUUGUGCUCGAGAGCACAAAAUUGAUUUUUUUGGAUCAGAAGGUCGCAGGUUCGAACCCCCGUGGGGUCUAAUCAUUUUUUUUUCCAAAAUGUUAUUAUUACAUCUUGAAAGAAAAAGAAAAUAAAUGGUUUUUACCGAUUAGACCCCACCGGGCUUCGAACCUGCGACGUUCUGAUCCAAAAUCUUGCUGAAAACCUGGAAAUCCUGUAAUUUUCGAGCUCUCCCAGACUUUUAGGGUUUUUUUUCAAGCCAAAAACAUACGUUUAUUGAAAAAUUGAAGUUUUUAGCUAGAAAAUCAUUUUUUGAUCGAGGAAUUUCGAUUUUUCGAAAAAAAAACAUCCAAAAGUUAGCGUAACUCUAGAGAUUUUUUCUGGAAGCUUCUCAAAAAUUAGUUGAAAAUUUUCAAAGUUCAAAAAAACAGUGAAGUCGAAUUUCAUGAAAAUUCUGAUUUUAAAUACCCGGAAAAAAAUACGUUUCAGAAUUUUUUGUUAAUUUUUUGGUGAAAUUUUGAAAACAAUAUUACAUUUUUCUUUCUCACGUCAGUGUGAAAAAUUGUGCAAAAACAUACAUAUUAAAAAUUCAAAUUUUCAAAAAUUUCAUGAUUUUGACGAAAAUUCUCGAUCAAAAAAUGAUUUUCUAGCUAAAAAUUUCAAUUUUUCAAUCAACAAAUGUUUUUGGCUUGAAAAUUGAAGGUUUUUUGCACAAAAAAAAGACCCAAAAGCUCAUUUUCGUGCUCUUUUCCUGGGAGAAGAGCCCAAAAAAUGAGCUAACAUGAGUUAUGGGCUCUCAAAAACCCCGAAUUUUCUCAGAAAAUUCUCGAGUUUCGGCUCAUUUUUGUAGGCUCUGAAAAAUUGUUUUCAGAAUUAUCAAGAUCAUCGUUGCUCAGCUGACAAUGAACAAUAUGAUAAAUGGGAUUAUGAUGAGCUUCUGAAUAAUUCAACAUUUUGUCUAGUUCCCCGUGGCCGAAGAUUAGGAUCUUUCCGAUUCCUGGAAACCCUUGGAUCUGGUUGUAUUCCAGUUGUCAUCUCAGACUCGUGGAUUCUUCCCUUCUCAGAGAUUAUCGAUUGGCAACAAUCGGCCCUGAGAAUCCCCGAAAAGGAGGCUAUUUUGAUUGUGGAAACACUCAUGAAGGUGCCACGUGGCGAAGUUGAGAAAUUGACGUGGAAUUCGAGACGGGUUUAUGAGAAAUAUUUGCGGAGUAUUGAGACGAUUGGAAAAUGGGUAUUUGAGAUUGUUUUUGUGAGAAUUGAUAAGCAUUUUGUUGAGAAAUACGUGUAA